AUGCUGUUAAAUUUGUUUAUCUCAGGUAAAAAGAACAUGGUUCCUGAGAACUUGCCAAUGGGGAUUCUUUUUUUUUCUCUAACAGCUGUUGGAAUUCUUGGCAACUGGUCAGUUCUUCUUCCAUAUAUCAUGUCUGUAUUCACUGGAAAAAGUCUGAUGCCCAAAGACCAGAUUUUAAGGCAUUUGAUUCUAGCCAAUUCCUUGGUCAUUAUCUCAAGAGUAAUUCCUCACAUAAUGGUACAGCUGGGCUUGCAAUAUCUCCUGGGUGACCUUUUAUGUAAACUCACUCUCUACAGUAAUCGAGUGGCCCGGGCCAUUUCCUUGCACUGCACCUGCCUCUUGAGUUGCUUCCAAGCAAUCACAAUCAGCCCCAGCAACUCCAGGUGGAUGAAGCUUAAACACAGAGUCUCCAAGUACAUGGCUCGGUCCUGCUCACUGAGCUGGCUUGUGCAUCUGCUCCUAAACAGCAAAACAGCUAUAGAUGUGAUUGGACCUGAUACUAACAAAAACUUCACCAAGAAAAUCAAGUUGGGGUACUGCUCGGCGUUUGUUGCUAGCAACCUUGUAACUGUACUACGUCUGUUAUUGCAUUGUUUCAUUGAUGGUCUGUAUUUGGGUCUCAUGGUUUGGACCAGUGACUUCAUGAUGCACAUCCUCUACAGGCACAAGAUUCAGCUACAACAUAUUCACAGUGCCCAGCAUUCUCUCAGAGUCUCCCCUGAAGACAGAGCCACAAAAACCAUCUUGACCCUUGUCUGCUCAACACUUGUCUGUACCUUUGUCCUCUCCUAUUCAAUGUCCUUCAUAUUAGUUAUCUAUAAUGUGGCAUUUGACAAUCCAAGUCUGUGGAUAAUCAACAUAUUUACAUUCCUAGACACAUUUUUUCCCACAUUUUGCCCCUUCAUCCUCAUCUGUAAUAACAAAUCUGGUACAAAGAAUCAUUUUCCCUGCUGUAGGAGAAGGUAA